UUUUAGGGUUUAUAGGAAGAAAUUCUCGGGGUAUGGUGAAGAGAAGCGAUGAGCGAGGAUGGAUCCAUGUGGAGAGCGGCAUUCUUUGUCAUGCUUCUCGGUCUGAUUGCCGCGAGAUGCAGCGAGGAUCAAUCUCUCUGCGAUGGAUUGGGGGCGGCGAUGUGUCCCGAGAGAGGCUCAGGCGGAGCUGCAGGAGGAUUGAUCGAUGACGGCGGCAACAAGGUAGGGAGAUCCGAGCAGCAGCAGCACGGCGAGCUCGAGAAUCUCAUCCGCGGCAACAGUGAGCAGCUCGAUCGACUGAGAGAUCUGGUGGAUAGAUUGGCUGACUUGGUCCGAGCGCUGGACGAUACCGUCCCUGCGAGGAGAAAUUUCGCUGCUCCAGGCCCUCAAGAUCGAGAUUUCGUCGAUCGCGGCGCCGAAAAAUCGCAGGAGGAGGAGCCGACCAAGAUCAUCACGCCAUCGCCAGAUUCUAGUCCACAGCAAGGUACUUCUUCUUCGUCGAUCCAGGGCGCGGCCGCGAUGAUCACCGCCCCAGCCAAGGUCCGCGUCGUUGCGCGCUACAAGCCUGCCUGGUCGGACCACUUCCAAUUCCUCUCGGCGGUCCACCUGGAAGCGCCGUUGUCGUCGCUCCACAUUCUUCCUCACGAGGGCGAGGAUGGGAUGGGCAAGUACGUGGCGGUCGGGGACGAGGCCGGGCAUCUCUACAUCUUUAGCUCGCUGGGCGAUUUGCUGGUGGAUCACUCCAGCCCCUACACAGCUCCAGUCACCACGAUGAUCUCAGUGAUCCUGCGAAGAAACGAGACGCUGCUCGUCACGGGCUACUCCAACGGGGCUGUUCUAGCGUACCGGGUGUGGGAGAGCGUUCAUAGAGGAUCUUCGUCGGUGGAGGACUGGACGAGCUUGAGAGUGGAAUUCAGUCACACGUUCGUGGAUCCUUUCACUCGGGCUGGGGGUGGCGAAGCAAGUCCUAUACUCCAUACGCUGGAGAUGUAUAGAGUCGGCAGGAUGAGAUACUUGCUGGUGGCCGACGCGAGUGGGAAGAUCCAGGUUUUCCGAGACAAUGGGACUCUCUACGGGACGGCCGAGUCGCCCAGCAGGCCUCUGGCGUUCUUGCGAACCUCGAGCACUCAAAGGCUGCUCUUUCUCACGGCCUCCGGGGCAGCGUCUCUGGAUCUUCGAACCAUGACGGUGCGAAGCAGCCCGUGCGAAGGCCUCCGCAACUCGAGCUUGGUGGCUUACGCCUUCGAUGCUUCCGGACGAUCGAAGGCUUACGGGGUGACGGAGAAUGGCGAUCUGAUCUACGUGACACUCUCCGGGGAUACUCUCCACUUCGACUGCCAUGCAAGGGUGAAGAGGAAACUCGAUCUCCAGGGACCGGUGAGGCUCCACGGUCUCAAAGGCUACAUUCUCAUCGUCACGCCGCGGGAAGUAGCAGUCUACAACACGACGCUCCACUCGGGGUUUGGAAACUCUCGAGCGGGAGGAAGAGGAAGUAGCCGCUCGCUCUUCACGGCUUCCAUCGACGAGAUCUCGCAGACGUUUCUCAGCACUCCGGUAGCGACGGCGAGACAGCCGCUGGUGGUGUGCGACAGGGACAAGUUGGUGGUGCUGGGAUUCGGAGAAGGCUACGUUGGGAUGUUUCGAUCCAACCUCCCAGUGCACAGGCCGGGAGAGAUCGGCGCAAAGUUUUGGGGAAUGCCGGUGUUCUUCACGACGGCGGUGCUGGCUCUAGCGUGGUUCUUCAUGAACAGGAAGAGAGACCAAGUGAAGAUGGAGGAGCGACCGCAGGCUUCUUCCAUCGCUGCCGCUUCGACCAGCGCCGCUUCCACUGGAUUUGGAGCAGCGCCAUCGGUGACAGGGACGAACUCUUCCGGCGAGAACACGUCCAGCAGCGGGAUUGUGCUGAGGAGCUUCGAUCGGAGUGGCUUGGUCGAUCAGAAGAAGAUCCUGGACGAGACGAGGAGAUUUGUGGCGUCGCCGGGGAGAGGAGUGUAUGGCGGAGGUAGCGGUGGAGCUACGAGCUAUGGCGUUGGGAGCGUAAAUUUUAGAAACGCGGUGGAGCACACUACUUCCUACUAGAAGUCCAGUUACGGUUAAAUUCAUAAAACAUCCACUAUGUUUAAACAAGAGCCACGUUUGCCCUA